CCCAUGUUUGAUGGCAAAGUGCCUCACUGGCACCAUUUUUCCUGCUUUUGGCUCCGGGCUGCAGUACAGUCACCCUCUGACAUAUCUGGAUUUAUUGACCUCCGCUGGGGUGAUCAGGAAAAAGUGAAGAAAGCCAUUGAGAGCGGAGAUGCUACCGGAGGGAAAGGAGAGCAGAAGGGAGCAGCUAAAGGGGAGAAGAUCCUGAAUGACUUUGCAGUGGAGUACGCCAAAUCCAACAGAAGCACCUGCAAGGGGUGUGAUCAAAAAAUCGAAAAGGACCACAUACGAGUGUCAAAGAAGACAGUGGACCCAGAGAAACCUCAGCUUGGUCUAAUAGAUCGCUGGUACCACACUGGCUGCUUUGUGAGCCGCCGUGAGGAGCUAUUGUUUAAACCAGAGUACAGUGCCGCCCAGCUCAAAGGUUUCGCAGCUCUACGAGAUGAAGACAAAGAGGAGCUGAAGAAAAGGCUUCCUGCAGUGAAGAAUGAAGGGUGAGCUUUUGAUUUCUUAUUUAGGUUGCUGUCAUGAAUCAAACUAUAUAAGCACCGCUUUAGGAUGCUUUUUGCUGCUUUAUUUAGAUUUACCAAAAAAAAUCUGCAUAACUAUUUAUUUAAACUGGACAGGUUUGUGUAGCAAUUUCUGCUUGAAAGAUUUUAUGGAUCUGUCGU